AUGUCCCCUGCUCGCCUUCUCUGCGUGCUGCUCCUCGCCGGUGCAUUGGGCUGCGCUCUCGCGACCAACAUUCACGUGGUCAACAAGUGCGGUUUCGACACCGAUGUCAUCUACACCGCCAACAUCAACGAACACCCCCUGCCCUCCCGCAACCUCGGCACCCUCCGCCCUGGCGGCUCGCUGCAGUUCCGGCCGACCGACACGUACUUCAACUUGAAGAACGGGUACGGCGGCAAGACCUGGGCCGAAUUCUCCAUCAACCCCAAGACCUGGCCCGGUCACGACUCCUACGACCUCAGCGUCAUCCCCGGCUACGACAUCGCCAUGCAGAUCCUCGCUCCCUUCGGCGGAUUCUCUCCCAUCUGCACCUACCCUGGUUGCCCGGACGCCUUCCACUAUUGGAACGACUACUCCAAGGUGCACGUCGUCAACUCGGGCGGCACCUUCACCGUCGUGUUCUGCGCCUGA